GUUUGGUUUCAAAAUCGUCGUAGUAAGGAACGACGUAUGAAACAACUGAAUGCACUUGGAACACGUAGAUCAUUUUACAGAAAUCCACGACGAUUACGUGGAAUACGAUCAGGUAUCCUGUCGAAUGACCUGAAUUCAACAGGUCCACCUGAUCUGUUGAACAAUCCAACUUAUCAUGAAUACUUAAUAGGAUCUAGUCCA